UGAUGUGUGUGAGUGAUGUUUGGUGGGCCUGGCAUUAAACUCCUCCCAGCUUCAGCAGUCAUAAAUGGAAGGGAGGCAGGGGACAUCAGCACUCAAACACAACAAAAAGGCAAGACGCGUGGAGAAAGAGUGAACAAGAAUCUUCAUCAGGAUCUUUUACACAGUAUUGCAACAGAAAGCCCGUGUCCAGACCACAAUAGCACAAAAGCAGAAGUAAAGAUGAACUUCUUAGUCAUCCUGUCGAUGAUUGCCGUUGUCAGUAUUGAAGUUGCAUUUUCAAAGAAGAGCCGUAAGUCGACAGGACAUACACGCUCGCAUCAAGUUGUUGCUUCAGAGGCGUGUUGUUCAGGGGAUUGCAGCAAUUACAGGGGAAUUAUUUCCAAAACAACAAAUGGGCAUCGCUGUCUUAAUUGGAAAAUGUUCAAAAACCCCUGGGGUGCCUCAUCUGGGAUCGGGAAUCAUAGAUACUGCAGGAAUCCUGACCAGAGCCCGAAGCCAUGGUGUCGUGUCAAAAGAGGAAAGAGAGUCGUGAGAGAAUUCUGUGACAUUCCCAACUGUUCCACCGUUCCUGUGGAUACAGAACUGACAUGUGGCGAGACGUCCAAGCAAAGGAUGCACAAAAUUGUGGGCGGUUCGUUCGUAACCGCGAGGUCACAGCCGUGGAUCGCCGCCAUUUAUAACCGGCGCAAGUUCUUUUGCGGAGGCUCACUCAUUGCUCCAUGCUGGGUGCUCACGGCUACGCAUUGCUUCUCUGACGGUAAAGUGACCAACGUCCAGCGAUUGUCUGUCUUCCUGGGUAAGAGUGCCAUCAAUGAAACGGAUGCGGUCAACGAACAGGAAUUUACCGUGGAAAAAAUCAUCCUCCACCAAGCAUUCAACGAGACCAACUACAACAAUGACAUAGCCCUGUUGAAGAUCAAAAGCAAAGAUGGACGAUGUGCCGUGCGAUCAAAAUCUGUUCGCACGGUUUGUCUUCCUCCACCUGACAUUCAACUUCCCGUUGGCUUUCAGUGCGUCGUCGCAGGAUUUGGCAAGCAGAGCUCUGGGGCGAUCCACUUCUCUCAGUACUUGAAGGAGGCCCGUGUGAAUCGUCUCUCCCAAUCUCACUGUGAAAAGAAUUCCAUCUAUGCAAACAUGCUCACUGACAACAUGUUCUGUGCUGCGGGACCUAACUGGAGCGUGGAUUCCUGCCAGGGCGACUCUGGUGGUCCACUGGUGCGUGAAGCCGCUGGUCGGCUUUUUCAGUUCGGAGUUGUGAGCUGGGGCAUUGGCUGCGCUGUGAAAAACAAUCCGGGGGUUUACACUCAGCUCACCAAAUAUAACAAAUGGAUUGCAGAGAAAACAAACCUACCACAGUAUACUGAAGGUGUCAUGUACCCCAAAAAAUAAAGGUUAGGCAAUAGAGAGUCAAUCCCUUACGGUAAAAUUAGAUAAUUCCAAAAGGAAUAUUUGGCAGCGGAGAUAAUUGUUGCAGCAAUUUGUUGCACCGUGCACGGAGUGGCAGCUAAUGGAGCAUUUACUGCACAUGGACAGAAUAAUCCUUUGAGGAUUUGUCUUUUUUUUUUUUUAAAGAAAUGUUUUUUUUAUUGUAUUUAUACAAUUCUUUCUUUUUUUCCAGUAUGUAACAGAUCUGUUUAAUUUAAUAAUUUAAUAUAAUGUAAUUAUUCUGCCUAGCAUAUUCUAUUUAAAUACUUUAUUGCAGCUAUUUUCAUACUGUGCAAAAGUGAAUGUUUUAAGUGGAAUGAUCCACGCUAUAAGCUCAUUGCAACAAAUAAAAUAAAAUAAAGAAAGUGGUACAGUGCCA